UUCUCCAUCUUCCUUCUUCAACCAUUAAUGGUCCCCCAUUCUCUCUCUCUAACUCUAUCUCUAUCUCCAACAAUUUCCAAAUCUCUCAGUCCAUUCCAGAACCCAAGAAUCAAUUCAUGAAAUUCAAUAGAAAAAACAAACAAAUUAUUUGGAAAAAAAAAGAUUCUCAUGGAACUUACAGAUAAACCAACCAAUUCCAAUUCCACCUCCAUCUCCAUUACAGAACAACCUCCAAAGAAUCCAAAGAAGCCAACUAAAGAUCGACAUACGAAAGUAGAUGGAAGAGGAAGGAGAAUUCGAAUGCCGGCUGCUUGUGCUGCUAGAGUAUUUCAAUUGACAAGAGAAUUAGGUCAUAAAUCUGAUGGUGAAACAAUUGAAUGGUUAUUACAACAAGCUGAACCGGCGAUUAUUGCUGCUACUGGAACUGGUACAAUUCCGGCUAAUUUUUCAACUCUUAAUGUAUCUCUUAGAAGCUCUGUUUCAUCUAUGGCGGCUGGAAAUUCGAAAUCGGGGACGAAUUCGUUUUUUAGUUCUUUGGCUAUUGCUCAAAGACAGUAUGAAGAAGGAAAUGGGUUUUCUCAAAUGUUAGGGUUUCAUAAUAACCCUAACCCUAAUCAUCAUCAUCUUCUCAAUGUUGAUCAGAUUAACGAUGCCGCCGGUGGAACAGGUGGAGUUGGUCCAAGUGCACGAUUAAACGAGUCGUCUGAUAACUAUAUGAGAAAAAGAUUCCGAGGAGACUUGUUUAAAGACGAUGUAGAAGCAACAACCAGUUCACAUUCUGAGACGACAACAAACAAACAAUUCAAAGGAUCAACUAUUGAACUGAUUUCGAAACAAGAUCAAUCAGACCAAUCACAUCCAUAUCCACAACCGACAAUUAACAUGCUACGACAAGCCAACAUGAUGCCAACAACUGCCAUGUGGGCAGUUGCUCCUACUACCACAAGUACAGGAGGAACCGGAAGCACUAUUUGGAUGCUUCCGGUUAAUGCUGGCGCUGGUGGGACUCAAUUGACAAGUCCAAACUCGGGCGCUAGUCAACCUGAUCAACAACAACAACCACAAAUGUGGCCUUUUCCAACAGCGAGUGGAAGCUCGAUGCAAACUCAAUUACAUUUCAUGCCGAGAUUCAAUAUUCCUACUACCGCUAAUGUCGAGUUCCAAAGUGGAAUAGCAAAUCCUCUUCAAUUAGGUUCUAUGUUCAUGCAACAACAACAAGAGACUAAUGUAGGAAUGUUGGCUGCUUUGAAUGCUUAUCAUAAUUCUAGAGGAGGUUUGAAUAUGAAUUCUGAGCAAAAUCAUCCAUUUGAACAUCAUCAACAACAACCUCAAGCAUCUGAUAGUGGAGAUGAUGAUCCAAACAGCUCUUAGUGACAAAAUUAAUUGAG